AUGUCUCCUCUAAAUAUAAAUAAGAUCUUCCAUAAAAAACGAUCUUUAUUUAAUUUCUUUUAGCUUCUGAAUUCAUUAAAAUCUGGAAUUAAAAUACUUGAUAACUAAAAUCAUGGUUUGAAUUAUACAANAAAAUUUACAUCAACAUAACAAAAUAAACCAAGUAUGAGAAGCAAAUAGGAAUUCUUGGUUAGAGAACCAAUCAAAUAAGAAGUGAUUAGUUAGCAGUUGGAAAGAACCUCUAAUAUUUAUGCUUGUUGUUGUUUUAAUAAAGGAGUAUUUAUAUAAGUAUAAUUUUAAAGACUUCAAGACUAAAAUGUUUCUGUGAUAAGAAUCAUUAUUUGCAAGGAGACACUGCUUUAUUGACUAUGGAAAUAGAUAAUUCGAAUUGCAAUUUGAAUAUUGAAUAUUUUGAGAUUGAAUUAAUAAAGUAGUUGAUAUUAAAAGCUGAUGCUAAUACACAUAAAAAUACCUAAAAAAUAUUAACAUAAAGAAUUCCAGGAAUUUAGGCUAGAUCUAAACAAGUUGGCUCUGAAAGCAGAAUUGUUUAAUUAAUUCUGAUGAAUCAAAAAAGACCUUAACUUGUAUUAACUCCUACAACUAAUGGUACACUUUUGAAUCAAUAAUAUUAUCUAAAGGUUACACCAAAAUUUUAAGGUAGCUUAUAUUCAUAUUUAUAAGGUUGUAUUUGUUGUUCAGCUAACCCUGUAAUAUAGUUCUAAAUAAUAAUGUUAUAUUUGAUUCCACCUGAUUACAUAUAACCACUUCAGUAACCAUCUGAUUGGAAACCUUAAACAUUUGAACCUGUUUUGAUAAACUUUGAUUAGUAGAAUUAUUUAAAUAUUGCAAAUAAAUAAAUGCAAUAAAAUGAUCCUUUUAUGAAUGAAAAGUGA